CAGGAGCCAGGAGGGGUAUCAAGAAUAUUUAAUUAGGUUGGUCGGACAAAUCCGUUUAGCGAUAGGGGAUGGAUUGGGUUUAGCAGUCAGUGAUUACGUGCGAAGUGCGCUAAUCUAGUUGGAUCACUAAUAUUAUUGGCAAGACUCCAUUUUUCACACUCCAUUUGCUGCAAGCAGCAAAUAUUACCAACUACAAAAAGGACUGCAUGCCCCUUCUCCACCUUCGCUCUUCUGUCCUUCCACAACCCUUUCUCCCUUAGAUCUAUUCAACUCUCGGUUCUCUUGACCUGUUGUUUGCCUCUGCUUCUUGCAGACUUUGCAGGAUAACCAGAAUUAGCAAAUAUGAAGUGUGCAGGAAGGAUGGGAAUCCACUAUAUGCAGAAAUUGAACGCGGCGAAUGUUCCAAAAGAAUUAGUAGAAAAAGGACAGAAUCGUGUUAUAGAAGCAUCUCUUACACUUAUUCGUGAAAGAGCAAAGCUUAAGGGAGAGCUUAUUCGUGCUCUCGGAGGUGCUGUGGCCUCAACGUCUCUUCUUGGAGUUCCUUUGGGACAUAACUCUUCAUUUCUCCAGGGGCCAGCAUUUGCUCCUCCUCGUAUACGAGAGGCCAUUUGGUGUGGCAGCACUAACUCCACGACUGAGGAAGGAAAAGAAUUAAAUGAUUCACGCAUCUUAACCGAUGUUGGUGAUGUGCCAGUUCAAGAGUUGCGAGAUAGUGGCGUUGAUGAUGAUAGGUUGAUGAGUAUCAUAAGUGAAUCUGUCAAGCUAGUGAUGGAGGAGGAUCCAUUGCGCCCCUUGGUGUUAGGGGGUGAUCACUCCAUA